CAGGUAUGACACUAUCCCGCUCUAGAGCCCAAGUAAUUCAAAACCCAACCAACAUGGUUCCCGCCAAAACCGGAUCACUACUUACGCCGUCAACUUUUCGUUACCCAAAAUUUGCAGAUGUUAAUUGCCGCGCACAUUUUCAUUCUUUAAUAUUUCAAAAUUUCACAGAUUUUAAGGCUUCGUGCCAUUACCAUCAAUCUUUCCACAAUAUAUGCCCAGAUUCAGCAUCUUACGAAACAAGGUGUUUUCUUUUUUAGUUGCGUAAUGCAUUAUUUUUACUGGUUACUUUAACGUUGUCUGCGUAGAUCUCUGUUGACGAAUUCAAAAGUUUUGUUCUUUAGGUCUUGUGGAUUAGUGGGUUUGCUGCAAAUUUCGUUGAUUUUUAGCUAAUCGGGGAAGUGGGUUUUUCGUUUUUGUUAAUUUGGAAGUUGAUUUCGUUACUGGUUCUUUUUCACCUGUUUCUUGUUUCUGUUGGACUAACCAUGAGUGGAGAUAAUUUCACUUCCAAACCGCGUGCCGCUUUGGGGGAUGUGACCAAUUUGCCGGCAAAAGGGGUGUUUUCAUUGAUUUCGGGUGAUUUGGGGCUUAAAUCUAGAGAUGGGUAUGGUAAGAACGUGGAUAAUGGGGAUUCAGGUUCUGCAAAACAAGUUUGUUUGGGAGUUGAAGAUUUGGUGAAAGAGAAAUGUGGUGGUAUUGAGAAAGGUUGCAAUUCGUUGACUACUAGCUAUGAGAUUGAUGUUUUAGAGGAGAAUGUAGCUGGUGUGUCUGUUGUCGCAGAUAGGCCUAGUGAUACUAAGGAAACAUCUAAUUUGAUAGAUGGCUGUAUUGAUCUUGUUAAGAGUGGCGGUGCAGGUACACACAGUAUUGGGGAACUUAGUUGUGCAUCUAGUGGUUCAGUGCAUACGAGCUCUGGGCCGUGCACAAAAGAUAGUGAUGACGAAGGGAAAUUCACCUCCAAUGUUAUGCUGAUCAAUCCAGUUGAUCAAGCGUUAGUUGGUGGUGCUUCUGCAAAUGAUGACAAUGAUUCUGGAGUUGGUAGGCUAGCUAGAGAAAGAUGUGGGCCUGUUGGGUGGUCGAGGUUGCCCGCUUCACAGGGUUUGAAAUCGUUUGAGUCGGAAAAGUGCACAACUCUCCAGGGUGAUGUUUGUGCCAAUCUGAAUGCAGGUGCUGACAUGCUCAAAGCUUGCUCCUGUUCUUUUUGCUUGAAAGCUGCUUGUAUUUGGUCGGACCUAUAUUACCAGGACAUUAAAGGCCGACAAUCUGCAUUGAGGAAGAGUCAGAAAGAAGCGGGAAUCUUGGUUAAUAAAUAUGCUAGGGGAAAGCAGGCAGACAUUCCUAGCCAAGUAAACUCUAACAAAUCUCUGAAAUUAGUAUCUGACCUCACUGAUCUGUGGAGGUCCCACUUUCGACACAUGGAGGAUAUGUUUGCUAAUGAAAGCAGCCAACUUCAAGCUGGAUACGUGACACUGAAAGAUUUGAGGGCCAGCUGCAAGAUGGAUCUAGAGAUGAUCACUGGGAUGCCUUCGGACACACUUUAGGUUUCCAAGCAUUGUUACAUUGACGCUGUAUGGGAGCAUGUGGCUAAUAAUCAAAGUAUACGAGGUUGAAUUGACUGCCAAGGUUUGUGCUUCUUUCAUAUGAUAAUCAACUGUGAGCUGCCAUGAACGCAGUCAAGGCAAUGAAUUCUAUUCUACUGACCAACAAUGAUUGCUGUUUAUUUUAAAGAUCCACCAAGAAUGGAUGCAUGUGCAUUCUUAGUUGAAUUUCAUGAAUGGAAAGACUAGCGAUUGAGUGAAAGCUAUCUAUUAUGUUAGCUUGUUUAUUCAACUCGUCUCGUUAAAAAUUAAAUAAUUAUUUUUUUAACAUAAAAAAAUCAAUAUAUAAGUGUUAUUUAUAUAUUUUUUAAUAUUAUAUAAAAAAUAUAUUCAUGAAUCAAGAAAUCGAUACUUACAUAUAAUAAAAUAUAGUUAAUAUAAUAUGUAUUAAUAAAAACAUAUAAGAUUUCAAGAUAAUUUUUAACAUGGCAAAAGAAUGAAAUAAUAUUGUAAUUGUUUUAAUGAAAUAUCAUUUCCUUGGUAUUUGUAUAAUAAUUUUUUUAAUAAAAAAUUCAAGAAAAAUAAAUUAUAAAAAAAUAAAGAUAAGAAAAAAAAAGUGAAAUAGGAUAAGUGUAGAGUAAUAAAUAUUUAGAGUGUAAAAAAUAAAAAAUAAAAUAUUUUUUUCAAAAUAAAUGUAAAGAAAUUAAAGAAAAAAAUUUCAAAAAAUAAAGAAAAGAACAAAAUUUAUGAUAAAUAGACAUAAUAUAGAAUGAUAAAAAUAUCAAAUAUAGGGAAAAAAAAUAUAAGAAAUACUUGUUUUCUUAAAAAAAAAUUAUUAUAAAUUACAAUUUUAUCGCCAAAAAAAAAUUACAAUUAUGCUAUUUCUCGUGAUAACACCAGUUCCUAGAUGUGUACUGAGAGAAGCUGCUUUGACUUUUUCUUUUUUUCUCUCAUAUUUUAAUUCCCACUAUAAAGAUUGGUCAAUUACCCAUGUUUAAGUUCCAAUAAUUGCAGCUACCCUCCUCCACCGUUGGUGGCAGGUGGGGGAGAUGUUGUGCCCAGCCUCAAGGCAAAGGGUUCUGGACCCAGUGGAGAGAGAUUCUGCUACGUGAAAACAACUAUCAUUCAAAUCUCAUAUGUGCAUCGAUCUGGGUGUGCCACGUCUCAGCCAGCUUAUUUCCUUAUGAUUAUCUGGACAAUCCUUCUGAUCAAGGAUUAUCUUGGACAAUUAUUUGUGAUGCAUCGAGGUUGACAUUGGUGAUAGUCAACUGGUGGCCUGAGAUUGUCUGACAUUUGUGAUAAUCAAGGCUUUUUAAGUUUGGGUGCUUGUUAUCGGCGGUGUUCUCUGAACCACCAUUAGAGGGCUUUGCAAUUCUGUAGCUCAGCACUUGUAUUUUCGUUUAGGUUUAUGUGAUGUCCAUAAGCAAUUUCGUGAUUUUUAAGUCAAGCUAGUGUGAUGGCUUUGAGGUGUUACUUCACUUGGUCAAGUUACAUCUUGAUUCUCAACUUUGAAAUGUUAUGAUUUAGUCCCUGGCAUUGAAAGUAUUUAUUCAAUUA